AUGGGAUUGACUGGUCAGAACAAGCGCAAGCGGCCGGACGGGAGCCAAGGCUCGGCGGCGGUGGCGUCUGUUUCAUCCGUCGUCGGAGCCGGCGGCGUCUCUGUCGACGACAUGCUGGCAGCUGUGGCCACGCAUGGCCUCAACGCACGGAACGAAUGGAGCUGGGAGUCUGAGGCGUAUGAGGAGCAGAUCAACAACAAGGCCGGUGUGAUUAAGGUGUCGAAAGGUACUGUCAAUGACUCCACCAAGGCCAAGGCCUUCGCCAAGCUCCGGUCGACGCUCGUCCAGCAGUCGCUGCCGUUUUUCUGGGAUCUGACCUCACUCUCGCAGAAGACCCGGGCGCACGCCGCGCACGGCAUUGUCUCGCUCAUUGCCAAGGCUCGGGUCGAUUCGCCUGCUAAGGACGUGACGACCCUGGUGGAGUACGUUGUCAAGCGCCUGGUCCGUGGUAUGGGUUCAUCGUCGCAGGGUGCCCGCCAGGGCUACUCCGCCACACUCUCGACGCUCACCACUCUCGCCAUCAACGACGUCAUCGAGUCUGGCGCAGACUCGCCACUCGCUUCGGCUGCCAAGCUUGCCACGACCUUCAACAUCCGUGCUGAGCUCGUCAACUUGGAGGAGUCGGACAAGGGCGGAUACACACCGUCGGAGCGCCGCGAUCAGCGGUACCGUGACGUCUUUGCCGUUCUCGCGGUCAUUCACGGCACGACUGUCGCACUCAACGGCCUCGUGCCCGACGGCGCCAAGGCCAAGGCCCGUGCUGAGGUUGCCAAGCGUGUCUUUGACGUUGUCGGCCUCGACGCCAAGAUCCUCCGCCGCACCGUCAACCUCGUCAACCGCUCGGUCGUCAACGAAGUGAGUCUCCUGCUCGCUGGCGACCUCGUCAUCCGCGAGCUCAUCUCGCUCGUUUCCAACGAGCCCGGCAAGGUUAUUUCCCAUGUCGUGCCGAGCCUCGCCGACGCUCUCGGCGGUACGCCGCGGUCCUUCACCGCCCCACUCGUCAACAUGCUCGUCACCCUUACUCGGACCGACUCGUCCAUGGACUGGGCCCCGGUGCUCUCGCCAAGCUGGUUCCGCUCUGGCACCUCGGCCGACGAAUUGACUCCGGCCUUGCUCUUCUCCUCCAGCAACAUCCGCAUCAUGAUCUCCGCGGUCGUUGGCACCUCGACCAGCAUCCCGUUCCCGUACAUCUCAGCGCUCUCGGCCAACCUAGUGGCCCUUGCCGAGACUUGCGGCAUCGACUCGCUCCCCACAGACGUCAUGGCCGCCGUCGCCAAGCAAUCGCGCUUCAUCACGUCUGAAGGUGCCCUUCGCUCGCUCACCAGCUUUGCCGUCGCCUUUGUCGAGGCCUUUAGCAACACCGAGGCUGCCACCUCGGCCGGCGUCGCCGCUCUCCUUCGCAUGCACGAGCUGAUUGACACCUUCGCCGGCGUCAUCCACGCAACCCACCCUGUCGCCAACCGCAACACGCUCGCUGCUGUCCGCAAACUCCUCGACAUCAUCGAGGCCCAUGCCGCAGAGGCCACCACUGAGUUUGAGCCCAUUCUCUCAGUCCUGCUCACCCCGGCCCGGCCGCCGCUGGCAGAGCAGGCCAAGCUUUAUGCCGCCGCCGCGCCCGAGCGCGAGCGCGCCUCGCGCAUCAUGGGUGCCUCGGUCUUUGACGUCGCCAUCGCCACCCGCAUCGCUGCCAUCUCGUCGGUCCGCCCGCCGAUGGCCAGCAUGUGGAAGAAUGCCGCCUCUGGCAUUGGCCAGUCCCCGCGGUCAGUCGCCGUGUACGAAGCCAACGUCAUCGCCGCCAUUGAUAUCCUUGUCAGCACCAUCGCCACUGCCACCGACCGCUCGUCCGACGCCAUCCUCCGGGCGCUUGUCGCCAUGAGCGUCAUGGGCAAGCUCACCGUCACCUCAAGCGCCGCUGACAGCGACCCGGUCGAGGACCGUGCCACCGCCGCCAAGGCCGCCGCCAAAGCCAUCACUGCUGCCAAGCUGCCGCAUAACCUCAGUGCAUCCGCCACUACCCGCGAUGUCUCGGCCAUCUUUUCGAUGCUCGUCACGCCGGCCAUCCGCACUGUCGCCAUCCGCGCCGUCUUCUCUAUCCUCAUGUCUGUGGCGUUUGUCGAGGAGACCUCGCACGAGGCCAAGUGGUCGGCCCGGACCUGGUCAGAGCGCUUUGUGGGUGUCUCCAUGGCGCAUGACGAGCUGUGGGUUUGCGUUGCGCUCGACACCCUCCGUGGCGCCGUCUUCCCCACUCUUACCUCGAUCGACAAUGUCAUGUCUGUCUCCGGCACUGCUGCUGAUGCCGCUGCCGAAUCGGCCCUCGCUGUCCUCGACUCGGUCACCUCGGUCGCCCCGUUCACCGCCACAACGACGCAUGCCUUUUCCAAGCUCUUUGGCCGCUCCAAGAUCGACCACUCGGUUGUGUGCGCCCUCCACUCCCUCCACUCCCUCAACCUCGCUCUCGGUGUGGCCCUCGCCGUCGCACCGUCUCGGGAUCUCGUUGACGUCCUCCGCGACACGGCCCAGGCCACCGUCCAGCUGCUGGCCAACGCCAAGCCGACCAAGAAGAUCCUCUCCAAGCUCCCGUUCGGGCCGACGAGCAAGGACGAGCCGAACCCUUUCCAUGUCAUCGCCGACGCCAUCGUUGCCAUCAACGCUUCGGACCUGGCCUUUGUCCGUACGGCUGCCCUCACCAUUGCACCCAUGCUCGGCCCCGUCGUUAACGCCGGUGCCCUCGACAUCUUUGCCGGCGUCAUCUCGCAGAACGUGGCCGAGGCGCUCAACGAGAUGGACGAUGGCGGCGACGUCGACUUUGAGGACAACAUGGACGACAUGGAGAUCGGCUCAGAUGACGACGAGUCGGACGCGUCCGCCUCGGCAAGUGACGACGGUUCGGACAACUCGAUCAAGGCCUCGCGCAUUGCUGGCAUGCCGGGUCUCUCGGCCGAUGACGAGGCCGCCAUGCGCCGCCAGCUCAUUCUUCGCCACGCUGCCAACAACCCCGAGCUGGCACACACCCUCGGCAUGGAUGCCAACGAGGCCAGUGAGGCCGUCGAUAUGUCGGGCCUCAAGAACAUGUCUGGCUCGGGUUCCGACUCGGGCUCAGGCUCGGGCUCAGGCUCGGGCUCAGGCUCGGGCUCGGGCUCAGGCUCGGGCUCGGGCUCAGGCUCGGGCUCGGGCUCAGGCUCAGACUCGGACGAUGGCUCGGACGAUGGCGCCGAGUCGUCGUCGUCGUCGGCCUCGCUUCCAGCGGCGACUGACGAGGAGAUGUUGCGCAUCGACGACCUUCUCUCGCAGGUCUUCAAGUCGUCGAACAAGAAGUACCGUAAGCGGGCACAGGAGCAGAAGGUCAUUGGCUACAUCCACUUUAAGAUGCGGGUCAUCAAGUUUGUGACGGCUCUGGUCAAGGCCAUGCCGCCGACGCCGCUUGUCCUCGAGCUCGUGCUCCCUCUCAUGGACGGGCUGACGGCGACCAAGGGCCUUGGCAAUGCAAACAGCGACCUGACGAACGCCAUCUCGACCGCUAUCGGCGUUCUUGUCAAGGUCAAGGUGGUGAUCAGCACGCCCGAGGCUGCGCUCCGGGCCUCGGUCAUUCUUUCGACACUGUUUGGCAAGAACAACAGCGCCCGCUCGCGCCACGUCCGCGAGCAAGCGAGCAAGCUCAUUCUUUGGCUUGGUGCCCGCACCACCGCGCCGUCGUGCUGCGAGCGCGAGGAGCUGUGCGACAAGCUUGGUGGCAUGCUUGUCCAGAUGAUGACCGAGCUUGUUCGCUCCGGCCAGCGCCAUGUCCACGACGCACAGGUCUUCCUCCAGAAGCUCUUCACCUCGUUCCCCACGGCACCGUACAUGAAGCUCCCGGAGAUUGUCUCCCUCCUUGGCAAGUGUGGCAACCUCCGCAUCCUCCGCGACUUUCUGGACCUCACCGUCUCGCUUGUCCGCAUGUCCAAGAUGGUUGCGCGCGUCCUCGACGCCGAGCCACGGACCAAAAUCUGCUCCGCCACCUACACCAAGCUCGCCCAGUGGUUUGGCUCGGCCGCGCUCCUCGCUGCCAAGGAGCACAAGACGAACGCCGUGCGCGGCGUCCUCAAGUCGGCAACCAAGGCCAGACUCUGUCUCAGCAAGGAGCUCAAGGCGUUCGAUGCCGAGCCCGAGCUGGACUCGAAGACGCUCAACGCCAUCGAGUCGAACGUCGACGAUAUUCUCGCCACCCACACCUCGGCCCCGCUCGUGCAACAGUGUCACGCCAUUCUCCGCGGCUUUAGCGGCCAGGAGGCGCCCAAGCCGCAGUCCAAGAAGGCCCAGUCGGGCAACAAGGCCAGCACCAAGGGUUACGACGCCGUUGACGACCACGCCAUCCCGGCGAGCAAGCGCGCCGCUAUUGCCGCCAAGGCCAAGAAGGCCGCCAAGGCCGCACGCGCAGCACGCAAGGCCAAGAAGGCCGCAUCGAAGAAGGCCAAGGCCGAGUGA